GCCGUCAUAAAACAUACUUAAGUCUGAGAAUAUUCUCAAGUCUGAGAAUGUUCUCAACUCCCUCAUUCUCAGACUCAGCGGCCGUCAUAAAAAAGUUGAGCACAAAAAAAAUUCUCAAAGUCAGUUUUAUUCUCAAAUAUUUGAGUCUACAAAAAUGCAGACUUAAGAAUAUUCUCAAGGAUUGAAAAUGGCUGCCAUGGUAAGGCGUCGACGUCGUCGUAGGCAGAAUCUGCCGGUUUUAAGGCGCUCCCGUGUAUUUCGGGACCUCAGUAAUCCCUUAGAGAGUUUAGAAGAGGAAGAGAUCUUCCAGAGAUACCGUUUCACGCCAGCAAAUAUAUAUUUCAUUAUUGAUGGAAUCGGCGAGAGACUUCAAUCAGACACUGCCAGAAAUCGGGCUAUUCCCCCACUUAUCAAAGUCUUGUUGUUUUUACGUUACGUGGCUACAGGAGCUCACCUGCGUCUUAUUGGAGACAGUUUAAAUGUUUCUGAGUGCAGCGCUGGAAGGGCAGUUAAAUCUGUUGCCAAGGCCAUCAUUGAUGUUUUUAUCAAUUUGAUACAAUUCCCCGUCGAUGAAAUGGCUACCAAAGUCAAGGAGGGUUUCAGGAGAAUUGCAGGUAAAUCGCCUAGAAAUUUGAAAAUGAAAAUGAAACUAGGCCUUUACAGAUCGUUUCAAAUUGUGGAUGGUAUAAUGACCAAUUCAUACAAAAUAUACCCGAGAUAA